UAUUUCAGGAUUGGCGGAUCCGCGCUUUGCCAUUACGUUAUCCUCUUUUCUACACAUACACAAGGAUGACAGAAAGAGAAGACGUAAUGGAGUGUUCCUGAUCGUCCUUGCGAUGAAAAUCACUUUAGAAUUCGACAGUUUUCACGGACGGAAGUUGCAAUGAAGGCGGGGGCCUCCUCCAUGUGGGCGUCAUGUUGCGGGCUGCUGAACGAGGUGAUGGGCACAGGGGCGGUCCGCACCCAGCAGCCAGGCUUUGGAGCCGGAGCCGGGCCGUUCCGCUUCGCCCCAAGUGCUGGUUACUCCACCUACCCACCCAGCAGCACCACCUCAGGAAGCGCAGGCCUGGCAUGCAAAGCCUGCGGACUGGCCUUCUCUGUGUUCAGACGAAAGCACGUUUGCUCGGACUGCAAGAAGAGCUUUUGCUCGCUGUGUUCUGUGCUGCAGGAAAACCUGCGGCGCUGCGCCACCUGCCACCUGCUGUGGGGCACGGCCUUCCAGCGGCCCAGGUUAAUGCGACUCCGCGUUAAAGACCUGCGGCAGUACCUCACGCUGCGAAACAUCAACACGGACACAUGCAGGGAGAAAGAGGACCUGGUGGACCUGGUGCUCUGCCAUCUGGGUGCCGAGCUGGAGAUCGGGGAAGAUGAGGAGGAGGAGGAGGAAGAAGAGGAGGCGGUAGCGGACACGGACAGUCUACCAUCACUUCCGCGCGCUCUCUCCACACUGCCUGCUUCCACAGCGCGCUCCUCCUCCCAGCAGUCGGUGCUGUCCGUAGCCGCAUCUCAGGGAGAAGCUCUCAGUCGCAGCGAUAGCUCAGGGACAACCAAUCAGGACCAUGGAGAUGCUGCAUCAGUUUCCCUCCUCAACCUGGAGCCUCAUGACGACAUACUGGAGGCGAGCCCAGCGACGCAGAGACGCGCACGUGCCUCCCUCUCGGACCUGUCCCGCGAGGACGACAUCGAGAGCCUGACGGUGCGGCAGCUGAAAGAGAUUCUCGCCCGCAACUUUGUCAACUAUUCAGGCUGCUGUGAGAAAUGGGAGCUGGUGGAGCGCGUCCAUCGUCUUUACAGAGAGAACGAACUCAACAGAAGAUCAAUGGAAAAUGUUAGCAACAGCCUAGCUGCAGUCAUAGCUUACCCUCCUCCUAUAUGCAAUGGAGGUAUCGGAGAUGGUGUGCAAGUAGCUCAGCUGGGCGGCGUUGAUGAGAACCUGUGCCGUAUCUGCAUGGAUGCCGUGAUAGACUGCGUUCUGCUAGAGUGUGGUCACAUGGUCACCUGCACCAAGUGCGGCAAGAGGAUGAACGAGUGCCCCAUCUGCAGGCAGUAUGUGGUGCGGGCGGUGCACGUCUUCAAGUCUUAACCACGAGCAUCACCUCUACUGAAAGACCAGCACACGAGAUGGUUCCUGCUGGACUGAGCAGGCCGGGGCCGUGACUGGAUCAAGAGACUGCCCCUUUAGUUUCACACUGGGUUAAAGUCGUGGAAACUGGUACUGCGCACACCUUGAGAAUUUCCUGCUGCACAUUUUUAUUUGGUCAUUCAUUGACACUUUUAUGAGUUUCUGUGGAUACUAACCCAGGGAAGAUGGAUUUUAGAGGAAUAAAGUAUAAAAAUAUGAAAGUUUAAAUGGUUUACAUUCCUGUAAACAUUUUGGAAAUGUGUUAUUGUAUGUGCAAUAUUAGAAAUCUUUACGUGUGCGAGUGUAGAGAAACCGAUUGCCAUUAAGAUGCAUGUUGUCGUAGCAACAGUGAAGACCAAUGCCGUGAAGGGGGAACGUAGGUGCCAAAGUAGAAAUGUGCAGAACGGCUUCUGGUUUAUGUUUUUCCGUGCUAUAUUAUUAAUAAGCGUGUUAUUUUCAUGUAUUGGCAUACCACAAUUCAGCAUCCGUGACAGAGGAUCAAAUAACCAGCUAGCAGUUAUUUAUAGCAAGAUGAUGAGUAUUUUUUCAGAGUCACUGGAAUCCAGCAUCUGCCGUUAUGUAGCUUAUUACUGGAACCUCAAUUACUUUUUUUAUCUUGAUCAAAUUUUGCAUUAUCUGUCAAACAUCAAGUUUGUCUCCAUUGUUCUGAAUAAACAAUAUGUGCUAACUGAUUUUUAACUGAUAAUAGGGUGGGUAUCAGGGUAAUGGAAGUUAGCCCGGCCGCCAUAAGUAAGGUUCACCUUUAUUUUUUAAUUACAAAAUAUUAUGUUUUUACUGUUAGUCCAAUGUUACUCAUCUCCAGCAAUACCAUGAAAGAUGUCCGUUUUUUGGUGUGGUGUGUUGUACAUUUACAUGGCAUCAAAGAUUUCCACAAGCGGUGCUACACGGAUUUACGCGUCACAGUUCUCUAUUGCAUUUGCUCUAUAGCAAUUUAAUUUAAGUUGAAUAAACUGUUUCUUUACCUUUUUGUGAAUUAAUUUUCUAGAUCAGGUUAAGAUUGAUUCCUCCAGAUGCCCUUUGUUGCUGUGAAUUCUGUAGUCAAAUGCAAGUUAGUAUGUCUGUGGUAUUGCCUAGACAAAUAUAAAGGAAAACUUAAUCAAUUAAACAUAUAUGAUUUUAUAUACAUGUGAAAAAGAUGUACGUACAUGAAGUAUAUGGAUAUAUUUUCCUCUUUUCUCCAGUUUUUCUUUUAAAUGUUUCAUCCCCCUUCAGCGUUCCAGUUUUUCCUUGAAUGUAAACAACACUGAUUUUGUUGUUUAUCUUUUGAAUCAGUCAAAAAAUAAUGCUACAGUAGAAUUUUGCAUUCUAGUGUCACAUUCAUGUAUUUCUAUAAUCAGACUGUUUUUAAUUUGCUUCUAAAACAUCUCCACACCCGUCUGCCCAACACUGACACUGUGCUUAUGUGUAUGUUUCUAAUGCUGCUAUAUCUAAAAGAUGUCACUUGGUAGUAGGUAACUACUCUAGCUGAGCAGACAAUGGACAAGACUACACUCUAAAUGACUUAAAACUGAGCGCUGGAAAACGUUUUGGGAUUUGGUCUUUGUAUUUUGGAAUGUUGAACUUUUUAUUUUGGUAAUUCAAAGAUGAUUUAUUAAAUUUAAUAAAAUAUGGUACCUUGAACUAACAAAAUAAAGAUUUUUCUCAUUCA